AUGAACGCAACAAGCCAUUUCUUUCUAUACACAGAACCCAAUGUACCUGGUGCGGUGACGGCCGGUACUCCAACCUCAAACAGCGUAACCAUUGUAUGGAGUGAACCAGAUGGAGCCUUUGAAGGCUAUGAAGUAACCGUAACUAAGACUGACGAUGGCUCAGCAAUCCUAGACCAGUUCGCUAUUAAUACAGAAACUGCAUCAUUAAAGUUAACGGAACUGUUACCAGAAACUGAAUAUUUGGUGGAAGUUGUUGCUGUGGUCGGUGCAGGGACAUUGAAAGUUGUUAGUGAUGUGGUAUCUGUUACUGUGACAACUGACCGAUCUAAAGUAAAUAUUAAUGAGACAUACACAACCACUUCGUUGAUCGUUGAAUGGGAAGCGCCUGAUCCAUUACCAUUACCAUUGACAUAUAGAGUUACUGUGACUCCCCCGGAAGGAAAUCCUUCAUCACCGAUAAUGGUAGCCGCAACCGAGACUGCACUGGAGAUUAUCGAUUUGACUCCAGGACAAGAGUACACCAUUACUGUGUACGCAGUACAGAAUGACUUGACUGAGGAUGAAAUUGGUACAGCAGUACAAAGAAUAAAACCAACUGCACCAACUGGUCUGACUGCUGGUGAUACCACAUUUAGCACUAUCGACUUCACAUGGAACUUUUCUCCUGGAGAUGAGAAUUUAUUUGAUGGCUUUGAGAUUGAAUAUUCCCCAGUAGACGGUCAAAUACCAUCACCGUACUACCACGACGAUUAUCUACCGUUUGAACUGACGUUGACUGGAUUGAAUCCUAACACAGCGUAUACAAUUAAUGUGUACACUGUCAGCGGGAUUGGUAGCAGACCGCAAAGAAGUAAUCCCACCUCUGCCACCUUUUCUACAAAUGAUGCACAGCCCGGUGACAUCAUUAUCAAAGAAGUCUCAACUGACACAAUUAAAGCCAUGUGGAUUGCGUAUGGGACAGCGCAGGGGUACAAUAUUAAGAUACAAGAGAGUGGAUCCGAUGAUGAGUUAGCCAUACAGUGUUAUGCCGCCAAUGAUGGAACUGAGCAUGUGUUUACUGGACUCACUGCUGGACAGUUGUACACUAUUACACUAGAGAUCUUAGGAUCUGAUAAUAAUCCAAAUGUGGAAAUUAGAACUUACCCAGAAAGACCUGGCAAUGUGUAUGUAGGAAGUCUGACUGCAACUUCUAUCAGUAUAGCUUGGGACCCCGCAUCCAGUGGUAUAGUCCAUGGCUAUUCAGUCAUGUACUACCCCUCUGAAGGCAUACCAAUGCCCCCUAUAACUUACACAAAUGAUGAUGAUCUGAUCCUUCAUAUGACUAUGCUUAGACCUGAGACAACUUUCAAUAUUGUGAUCACAUCAUUUGCUGGUGCAGAGGAAGACCAACAGAUCAGUAUGCCAAGAUAUACAACACAGAGAACAGACAUCCUAUCGCCAUUAGAGGUAAUCAUCAGAAAGUAUACAACAAGUGAGAUAGACAUCAUGUGGGGAAGAAAGGAGAACGAUGAGAGCUCAAUAUACUUGAUAACACUCAACGACAACAAUGGUAAUGAGGAAACUACUGCCCAUUCACCCACAGAUCCUUUGGAGUUUUCAUUCACAUCACUUACUCCAGGUUCACUGUAUAUGAUAGGGAUCUCUCUCACUAUUGACGGUGAUGUAACCACUGGCGAAAUAUCACAGAGAACAAAACCACUGGCACCACUUAAUCUAACCGUGACUGACAUGUCCGUUUCUACUAUCGACUUAUCCUGGGAUGCACCGAGCACUGGUUUAUUUGACAACUUCGUAAUCUCAUACUUCCCUGUGGACGGCUUGGAUGCCUCGCCUCUAACCCUUGCAUCACAUGUUACUACUAUGGCGUUCACUGGACUGUCGCCGAACCAGCAAUACACGUUUGAGUUGUUCAUUACGUCUGGUUCUGAUGACGAUAUGACACAGAGUGACUCUGUGACUGAGUCUGUCACAACUGAUUCUGCUAGUCCUGGUGAGAUCGUUAUAAAAGCUGUGAGCACCACAUCUAUAUAUGUCACGUGGGGCAGUGCAGAGGAUGGGACGGUUUUCUCAGGUUACUUAGUAAGAAUAGAACCUGAAGAUGCUGAGCUAAACGUGAUAUUCAAACUACCGAGUGAUGAACUAACUCAUCUGUUUGAUGGAUUGACGCCUGGACAGGAGUAUAAUAUAUACGUGCAAUUACAAGGUGUUAACGUUGAAGACAGUUUAACACAACGAACAGUCCCUUUACCACCAAAGAACAUAAUAGUGACCAGCACUGAAUCUACUAGCCUGUUGGUAAUAUGGGAACAGGCGAGCGGAGUUGUCCAAACGUAUGAAAUCUACUACGUACCAGAUGACGGUGAAGAAAUAUAUGCUGGAACAACCACUAAAGAUGAUAUUACAUUCACAGUAACAGGUUUGAAUCCUGGUUCACAGUACGAUGUCAGUGUUAACAGUAAAGUAGGCACUGGGGAUUCAGCAUUAGUCAGUGAAGCAGUCACUAGCCCUGGUACUACAGCUGAAAUGGAGUCCAACAAAGUUAUCAUUAAACAAUACAGUCUGGAUAAUAUUGAUAUCAUCUGGAACACUGACCUGAAUCCCAGUAGUACACCUGGACUAUUCCUGGUGUCUCUCUCACCGGAGGAUGGUGGUAGUUAUCCACAAGCUGUACAGAAACCAUCUAGUACUUAUGUGGAUUAUUCUUUCUUUGGUUUGAUGUCUGGUAGACUUUAUACAAUAACAGUAGAAGAGGCAAAUUCUGGUAAUAAUAUCACUGCUACACAGUAUACAAAACCUGCAACACCGGGUUAUGUGACUGUUACAAGUUACACAACUACAACUGUCACCAUUGAUUGGGAGGCAGCAUCAGGAGAUGCUGAUGGCUACCUGAUAUCUUACAUAGACUCUGCAGGUACAGAGACAUCAGUGGGCAUGCUAACACUACCAGCCGAUUCGUUAGAAUUCCAGGUAGACGGUUUGGAGCCUAGAACAGAAUACAUGUUUAAAGUAGUGACCUAUGCUGGUAGUGGUUCUAGUCGUGUUGUCAGUGAUCCAGUUACCAUCAGUAAUUCUACUGAGGAAGUGCCAGCUGAUACUAUCGGAAUUCAACAUUUUGAUACAAGCAAGAUUGAAAUCUUGUGGUCAGAAGUUGAAGAUCCAAUGGUGACCGGUUACUUAUUAUCAAUUGACCCAGCUGAUGGUGAUAAUCCUUCUGACAUUAGACCAACUUAUAUUGCUAAGGAUCCCACUAGGACCAGCAUCAACUAUAGUUUUCUGAACCUUGUUGCUGGCAGGAUGUAUAGUAUUAGGUUACAAAUAUCUGGACCUAAUACUGUGUUGGUGAGUGAACAACGAACAUUGCCAAAUCCUGUGGGUGCCUUCUUUGCUGGACAGGUUACCGCGACAACCAUCUCUGUUUUCUGGGAUAGUCAAAUAGAAGGAGAGCUUACAUCUUACAAAGUGACUUACAAUCCCCCAGAUGGCAGGACUGUGUCACCGACUAUCCUACCGGUAGAUGGUAAUGGUUUGGCUGGAAUCACACUGCAGGGACUCAGUCCAGACACUUCUUAUAUGAUCACUGUUGUCACCAUAUCUGGAGGAGGACUGGAUGCCACUACCAGCACUCCGAAGCAAUAUACACAGACUACUGCUGCAAUACCUGAAGAUGAACUACUGAUCAAGGCAUACACAUCUAGUUUCAUUGAAGUCCUCUGGGCCGUGAGAACUGGGCCAGAAAUCAAUGGUUACCUGAUAAGCAUCGAUCCUGCAGAUGGUGGAAAUCCAUCACCCACAUCUCAGAAAUUACAGGCUAAAGAAAUAUAUCGUUAUAAUUUCACUGGACUCAGUCCCGGUAGAGAAUACACCAUGAAAGUGGAAAUCAUGGGAACCCAGGACGAAGUGACGACUACUCAAAGAACUGUUCCUGCAUCUCCUGGUGUUGUUGUGGAAAUAAGCAACACACCCACAUCAAUAACGUAUACAUGGGCACCUGCUAUUGCUACAAUUCCUUCUGGUGAGAUUAUUAUCAGUAGUUUUACUACAGAGGUCAUUGAGAUAUUAUGGGGGUCGGUUGAUGGUGCGACUGCUUAUCUGAUCUAUCUGGAUAAUGUGUUUGUGAAAAUUGUCAGUAAAGGAAGCAAACUGUCCCACACAUUUGACGAUUUAACACCUGGACAGGAAUAUGAGAUGAAAAUACAGGUAUCUGGAGGGAACGUUGAUGAUAGUGUUAAGAUGCAGCGUACAAAACCAAAUGAUGUUUUACAGAUUGUCAUCAAUGGGGCUUCAUCUGGGCCAUCAUCUAUAAGUUUCUACAUGUUCACUCCUGGUGGUGUCUACAGCGCAUUCCAGAUUACUUAUGACCCUCCAGACGGUACCACUGUAUCCCCAAUCUUGCUGACUGUGGUGGACCCUGAUGUUAAUGAUUAUGAGAUUACGUUGAAUGGACUUACACCAAGUAGAGAGUAUGCCAUCACAGCUGUUACAUUGUCAGGAACUGGAUACAGCCAAACAAAAAGUGACCCUUAUGUGGUAAAAUACAUCACAGAAACUGCUGCACAAGCUGAAAUAACCUUUAACGACGUGAACACAGAUAGCAUUAACAUCACUUGGGGUGCAGCCACCGAGGAUUUCCAACUUUACUUGAUAUCGUACAGCCCGGCUGAUGGUGACCAGGGUGAAUACACACUGUUGACACGGUCUGCUGACAUGGACCUGGAAUUAUCUUUUACUGAUCUAACCCCAGGAAGACAGUAUACGUUUGAGGUAUCCAUCACAAAUAAUAAUGAAGAGGUUGUUAAGGAUACAAAACAGCAACGGACAAUUCCGAUUGCACCAUCGACUGUUAUCAUCACCGAUGUGUUUUCUACCAGCGUGGCAGUCACCUGGUCGGCGGUAACGAUAGGCGAGUUUGACCAAUACCAGGUUUCCUACAUCAACCCCGAGGGGGAUGAGAUGGUCGCUGGCAGUGUUGAUUCAGAUACACGACAGUUCUCCAUCAAUGGUUUAUUGUCUAUUACUGAAUACACUAUCGUGGUUUAUUCCGUCAGCGGUACUGGCUCACUUCAAACACUAAGUGAAGCCGCGACGACUACUACUAUUACAAAGAAGAUUGUCUUAGAUGUACUUGUUAGCAGCCCUUCACUAGUCAUCUUGGGAUGGAGAGAACCUCAAAAUGUUGGAGAUUUCACCGAUUAUGAGAUAGAGUACGCACCAGAUGACGGGGAACCGGGAUCUGGUGAACGUUUUACAAGGGAUCCCAAUCCGAGUACUUUAAUCCAGGGUGUGUUCAGUAGUCUGACUGCUGGACAAGAGUACACGUUUACUUUAUUUUUAAUACAAGGCUCAACAAAGACACAGAUUGACAUUUUAAAGGUUCAGACAGGUGAGAUAACGAGACCAUAA